CCCAGGAGGGCAGGGCUGGAUCCUGUGACCCAGACUCAGCUCUUCUUUUUGUCCUUCCCGCUGCAGAUGAACCGGACGAGCCCCGACUCGGAGCAGCCUCCGGCGUCCGAACCCGUGUGGGAACGGCCCUGGUCGGUGGAGGAGAUCCGCCGCAGCAGUCAGAACUGGUCGCUGGCGGCUGACGCUGGUCUUCUACAGUUUCUACAGGAGUUCUCACAGCAGACUAUCUCCAGGACUCACGAAAUCAAGAAGCAGGUGGAUGGAUUAAUUCAGGAGACCAAAGCCACACAUUGUCGUCUGCAUAAUGUCUUCAACGACUUCCUCAUGCUGUCCAACACCCAGUUCAUUGAGAAUAGGGUGUACGAUGAGGAAGUGGAGGAUCAGGCGCUCAAGACGGAGGCGGAAAAAGCUGAGCAGGAGAAGACUCGGGAACAGAAAGAAAUAGAUCUGAUUCCUAAAGUCCAGGAGGCUGUGAACUAUGGGUUACAGGUCCUGGAUAGUGCGUUUGAGCAACUUGACAUAAAAGCAGGGAACUCGGACUCUGAAGAGGAAGAUGCCAACGAGCGGGUGGAAUUGAUCCUUGAGCCAAAGGACCUCUACAUUGACCGGCCUUUGCCCUACCUCAUCGGGUCGAAGCUCUUCAUGGAACAGGAAGACGUGGGGCUUGGAGAGCUGUCCAGCGAAGAAGGCUCUGUGGGCAGUGACCGCGGGAGCAUUGUGGACAGUGAAGAUGAGAAAGAAGAGGAGGAGUCAGAUGAUUUUGCCAGUCAUAGUGACAAUGAACAAAACCAGCAUAUCACACAGAUGAGCGAUGAAGAAGAGGAUGAUGAUGCUGACCUCUUUGCUGACUCUGAGAAGGAGGGGGAUGAUAUCGAGGAUAUUGAGGAAAGUGCUAAGUCUAAAAGACCUACGUCUUUUGCGGAUGAGCUGGCUGCUCGGAUCAAAGGAGAUGUCUCAAACCAGCGGAAAGAGGGACACACAGAUGGAAAGCCUCAGAGGACAGUGAAGGAGAAGAAAGAAAGGAGAACCCCUGCAGAUGAUGAGGAAGACAUCUUGUUCCCACCCCCCACGCUGACUGAUGAAGACUUCUCACCGUUUGGCUCUAGAGGUGGUCUGUUCAGUGAUCGGCAGGGGCUUUUUGAUGAUGAUGAUGAGAGUGACCUCUUCAAGGAAGCUCCCCGGGGGCAGCCAGCCCAAGGUCCUGUCAGUGAAGAAUCACCUCCAUCCCCUAAACCUGGAAAGAAAAUCCCAGCAGGGGCUGUUUCUGUAUUUUUAGGGUAUACUGAUGUGUCUGGGUCCACCUCUGCCCCAUCACUGAAGGAGUUCCAGAAACAUGAGCAGUCCACUCCAGGGAAGAGCCCACAUUUGCCAGCUCCUACUGGCCUCUUUGAUGAUGAUGAUAACGACAGUAAUGAAGAUGAUAACUUUUUUAUGCCAUCUUCUAGCAAGCCUUCUAAGACCGACAAAGUCAAGCCCACCACCAUUAUCUUUGAUGAUGACGAAGGAGAUCUGUUUAAAGAAAAAACAACAGCUUUGCCAGCAGCUUCUGUCAGCCAGACAGAUGAAAACAAAACACGGACAGAUAAAACGAUCACCUUACCUUCUAGCAAAAAUCCGAAGCUUGUAUCAGAAACAAAGACUCAGAAAGGUUUGUUUUCAGAUGAAGAAGACUCUGAGGAUUUGUUUUCUUCUCAAAGUUCAAGUAAGACGAAAAGUGCAUCAGUUCUGUCCAGCCAACCCCCAACAUCGGUCUCCCUUUUUGGUGAUGAAGAUGAAGAGGACAAUCUUUUUGGGAGUGCAGCAGCUAAGAAGCAGACUUCAUCUCUGCCACCUCAGAGUCAAGAGAAAGCAAAACCUUCAGAGCGGCCCCCAAAGAAAGCAUCUGCCUUGUUCAGCAGUGACGAGGAGGACCAGUGGAGUGUUGCUGAUUCACAGACCAAGUUAGCCUCUGAGAGUAAGUCCAAAGGAGAGAGGUGGGACUCGGGGACCAACCAAGGCCAAGAAGCGAAGGCUGUGAAAAAGACCAAUCUCUUUGAGGAUGAUGAUGAUGAUGAUGAAGUCGAUCUCUUUGCUAUUGCGAAGGACAGCCAAAAGAAGACUCAGAGAACCUCACUUCUGUUUGAAGACGACGCUGAGAGCGGAAGCUCUCUGUUCAGCCUUCCUCCUACAUCUGUUCCUCCUGCAGCAACGAAAAAAGAGAGCAUCCCCAAGGUGCCGUUGUUGUUUAGUGAUGAAGAGGACAGUGAGGUACCAUCUGGUGUGAAACCUGUGGAUCUGAAGGCUGAGAAUGCCGCGGCGUCCCCAGAGGUGGGGAGUGCUGAUGUGGCCAACGUGGCGCAAAAGGAAGGACUUUUACCCACAUCUGAUCAGGAGGCAGGCGGGCCUUCUGAUAUAUUUUCUUCUUCAUCUCCACUGGACAAAGGAGCCAAGGGUAGGACCAAAACUGUCCUUAGUUUGUUUGAUGAGGACGAGGACAAAGUAGAAGAUGACAGCAACACCUGUGUGCCACAAGGUGGACUGGAAAAGGGUGUCAAAACUGACCGCCGCCCUAAGAGCACAGGAGUCUUUCAGGAUGAAGAGCUGCUUUUCAGCCACAAGCUGCAAAAGGACAACGACCCAGAUGUUGAUCUUUUCUCUGGUACCAAAAAAACCAGGUUGUCUGUGCCAAGUGGGGGGAGCCUCUUCGGUGAUGACGACGAUGAUGAUCUCUUCAGCACUGCCAAGACUCAGCCUGCACAGCCUGUGGUACCAGAAAAAAAAGGAACACUGAGAAAAGACCACAAACCUCCUGAAUCGACUGAAGGUAGCAAAGAGAAAAGCACAUGGAAAGCAGAAACGGCCCAGGAUUCUUCAGGUCUCACUCCAUUUAAAAGCAGAGAGCCAUCCAGUCGCAUUGGGAAAAUACAAGCAAAUUUAGCAAUUAAUCCAGCCACUUUGCUGCCCUCAGUGGCUCCGCAGAUCCCCGGAGCAAAGCCUGCUUCGUCUGAACUAGCUUUUCCUUCAUCUGAGCCUGCAAGGAGCCACAUCCGGGAAGCUGUGCCCACUCUUCCUGGGAGGGAGGAGGCUGGUGUGAGUUUCGAUCUUCCUGCCCAGGCAGACACCUUACACAGUGCAAACAAGGGUCGUGUCAAAGUGAGAGGAAAGAGGAGACCACAGACCCGUGCUGCUCGGCGGCUGGCUGCCCAGGAGUCCAGCGAGGCUGAGGACGUGACCAUUGAUAGAGGACCUGUUACACAGUUGAGCAGUAGUCCUGUCUUACCAAACGGCCAUCAACCUCUUCUGCAGCCCAGGAUGGCCAGUGGAGAGACCAGCUCUGAAAAAGCCAUGGCCGUACCUUGGGAAGGUGGUCCUGUUUUAUCUGCAGUGGACAGAAGCUUCUUUGUAAAGUCUCUGCCUCCGACUGGAAAUGAGGCCCACCUGUUUGAUUCUGGGGACAUUUUCCCCAACAGCACAGGAUCACAGUCCAUGGAGGGAGCAGGUGUCAAGGCAGGGGAGACCCCAGCCCACUCGUCAGCAGGGCGGAAGGAGAAGAGCCUGGUAUUUCCUGAUCUUAGUGAGGCCAGCGGUGUCGAUGACCUUUUCCAGUCUGCCAAGCCAAGACCAACAAAGAAAAGAAACCCUUUCCCCCUCCUUGAAGAUGAGGAGGACCUCUUUGCAGAUCAGAAAGGCAAAAAGAAUCAGUGGAAAUCUGACAGCCAUCAGGACGUUGUGUCAAAAACUCAAGACAUCUUUGAGGAUGAUAUAUUUGCUACGGAAGCAAUUAAGCCUUUUCCAAAAAAAAGAGAGAAGGAGAGAACUUUGGAACCCAACUUAUUUGAUGAUAAUAUUGAUAUCUUCGCUGACUUAACUGUGAAACCCAAAGAAAAGCCCAAAAAGAAAGUCACAGCCAAGUCCAUGUUUGACGAUGAUACAGAUGAUAUUUUCUUCUCUGGCCUCCAGGCUAAAGCAUCCAAACCCAAAAGCCAAUCUGCUGAGGCAGCAUCUGAAUUAAGGUCUGAGAACAAAGUGUCCAACAUUUUUGAUGACCCCCUGAAUGCCUUCGGAAGCCAGUAGAGCAUGCGGGACCUUCGCAGUUCACCCUCCAUUCUGUCUUUCACUUAGUGAUGCUGUUUCCUACACCGUCUUCACUGGAUUACAGGCAAAUACUGCAACAAUCAAUACUUUUACCCAAUGUAGCUAAUAUUUUUCUGCAUUGAUUUUAAUUAUGCUUAAAAUUACAAAUAAAAAAUAAACGCUUCAUA